AUGCUCUCUGUCCAUCCGACUGCCAGCAACCCGCCGGAGGCCGACAUGGCCCUUUCGGGUAGACCGCCGGAUCCUUCUAUAACGACUCCCUCACCGUCGUCACCAACUGUACAGGGCACACCAAAAUCGACACCGUUGAGCUAUAAAUCGGCGUUGGCGGAUAGCCCGGUUUCUUCUCCGGCCAAGACACAACAGUGGACCUUCAUCGGCGAGCAUGACCUGGAAGUCGGGCUCUAUAACGGCGAGCCUGAGCUAAAGAUCUCGUCCCAGCUCAAAGAACGUCUCUGCUUACCCUGGAAGCGCACGUUGGUAGCGCGGCUCCUGGGGAAAUCUGUCUCUUAUCAGUAUCUCUGCUCGCAGCUCCGUUGGAAAUGGAGACCGAUUGGCAGUAUGGAGAUCCUUGACCUGAAUAACUCAACCUUCCUGAUUAAUUUCGGAAACGAGAAGGACUACCUCAACGCUCUCACUGGCGGGCCAUGGGUGAUCCUCGAUCAUUAUUUGAUCGUCCAUCAAUGGUCGCACACAUUCCGAACGUCCGACAAACCCCACCGGUCGGUGGUAGCGUGGGUUCAGCUACCAGAGCUACCGGUUCACUUUUACCAUCGGGAAGUGCUAUUCGCGCUGGGGAAUCUAUUGGGAAGAACAAUCAAACUCGAUUAUCACAUGGAACAUGUGGAAAGAGGGAAAUUCGCUUGGAUUGCCGUGGAACUUGAUAUGUCAAAGCCUCUGAAAAUGCGGAUUCGUCUGGACGGCUUCUGGCAACAAGUGGUUUAUGAGAACUUGCCGGAGAUAUGCUUCGAAUGUGGCCGAAUCGGACACUCUGAUGCCGCAUGCCCCAAGAUACAUAAUCCGCCGGGAAAUGCUCUUCAGGCAUGUACGCCCAAUCUGCUACAGUCACCGGAGGAACAGCUGCCGGAGCCGCCGGCGGGGUAUGGGCCAUGGAUGCAAGUGGUGAGGAAAUCACGCAAUCAGAAUAGGAAAGUCUCUGCCAAUCAAGGCAACCAAACGGCCAGAAACAGCGACACGGGGAAAACGUCAACCAAACUGGGAAAGAAUCCCAAAACCGAGCAAGGCAACGCAUCGUCUUCGAAGGACAUGAAAGGUAAGGAAGAGCAAAGAGGGGAACCGAAAAAGGGGAAGGUCACAGCGCAGGUGGGAAAAGCUAACGGCAGUGAGGCCACCCUAACUAAGGAAAGUCCAGCCACAAGCCCAACACAAGUUUGGCGGAUGGUGGGCCUCAAGUCAAAGGAGGCCUCUGCUACUCCAAGCCCGCAACCCACAGGGAGACCAGGGGCCGACUUGACCAUGCUUGAUCAGACCGAGUUGGAGCCCACUGACCUGAACCCAGCCCACAAGUCUUCAUCAACCGAUCUGUUUCUCCCUGUCAAAAAUGGCCCUUCAGAGCCAGGAAGUGUUGCGAACCACCAAGUAAGCAAAUCCAUUCGUGAUCACCAUAGAGGAAAAUCAAUGAGUAAUUCCCACCCUAAAAAGAGGAAGGAGACCAAGCUCCGGGUAGCGAAGAAGGGUCACGGAACGCGACCGGGAAUGGGGAAUGGCAAACGCGCUCAAAAGAAGCAGAGCAGUACCACCCAUCGUAAAGCCGCCGAGGAUCUCCUGGAUCAGCUUCUGUCUCGAUCGCCUGCUGAGACGUCGGCUACGAACAAUAGGGAAAACAAUGAUCCCAUGGCUGAAGCAGCUGAUCUUCAUCCCACUGGAGCUGAUGGAGACCAGGAACCUAUUGCGGCUGAUUUGGUGGGUUUUGGAACUCCACCGGCAGAGCUGGCUACUUAA